AUGCACUCCUGCGCUCUUCGAUACAGUAAGGUUGCCGUCCUUGGGGCUGCUGGCGGUAUUGGUCAGCCUCUCUCUCUUCUGUUGAAGAAUUCCCCGUUGGUAUCGGCACUCAGCUGUUACGAUGUCCGCGGAGCCCCAGGUGUGGCAGCAGACCUUUCGCAUAUCUGCUCCCCAGCCAAAGUGACGGGGUACGCGAAGGAGGACAUCAAGAAAGCUCUCGACGGUGUCGAUGUUGUUAUGAUCCCCGCCGGUGUACCGCGCAAGCCAGGUAUGAGCCGUGAUGACCUCUUCAAUACAAAUGCUUCUAUUGUUCGGGAUCUCGUGACGGCAUGUGCCAAGGAGUGCCCCAAGGCUAUCAUUGGUAUUAUUUCAAAUCCUGUCAACAGCACCGUUCCAAUUGCUGCGGAAACACUCAAGAAGGCUGGUGUGUUUGAUCCUGCGCGUCUCUUUGGUGUGACAACACUUGAUAUUGUGCGUGCCCGGACCUUUGUGGCGGAAGCUGCUGGUAAAAGCCCGUAUGACGUUCAUGUUCCAGUGGUUGGCGGUCACAGUGGCCCGACGAUUGUGCCCCUUCUUUCCCAGGCAGGUGUACAGCUGUCAGAGAGUCAAGUGAAGGCCAUCACACACCGCGUGCAGUACGGCGGCGAUGAGGUGGUUCAGGCGAAGGACGGCGCCGGAUCUGCCACGCUGUCGAUGGCGUACGCUGGCGCCGAGUGGGCAUUUUCAGUACUGAAGGCCCUCCGCGGUGACAAAGGUGUCGUGGAGUACACCUUCGUUCAAACAGACGUUAUGCCAGGUGUUCCGUACUUCAGCUGUGCCGUCGAGCUUGGCAAAAACGGUGUUGUGAAGACGCAGAAGCCCAAGCUGAAUAAAUUUGAGGAAGGCUUAAUGGAGAAGUGCCUUGUGGAACUGGAGAAGAACAUUGCACGUGGUAAGGCAUUCGGAUCAAAGUAG